GGGUCACACAGGGGGGGACUGUGGGAACAGCCCCGGCAUCUGGCCUCAGCCCCAUCCCGGGGGACAAACCCCACAUCCCGAGGGGCACCGAGCGCUGCCCCGGCCUCUCCUAACAUAUUUUCUCUCCCUUUCCCCCACACCCGCCCGGACGCCGCAGAGCACCAGGUUAUGGUGCCGCCGGGCUGAUUGCCGGGACGCAGCCAAGCGGCAGCGGGGGCCGAGCCCGGAGCCAUGGAGGGGCCCGGCCAGGAGGCCUACGAGGAGAGGAUGAGGAGGAGCCUGGACCCCGAGGGCUAUGAGGACCCCGGCAUAAAGGUCUCCCACCUAUCGCUGGAGGGGACAAGCAUUUCGUCGGUGACCGAUGUGGACCUGGAGGCGGCGGGGAGCAGGAGGCCCGUGUCCCAGCGGGAGACCCAUGAGGGCUAUGUGGAGCUGCACGAGCUGGUCAUGGACAGCACGAAGGAGCUGUGCUGGAUGGAGGCCGGCCACUGGUUCAAGCUGGAGGAGGACUUCGAGGAAGACGGGCACUGGGGCCAGCCCCAUCUCUCCUUCCUGACCUACCGCAGCCUCCUGGAGAUCCGACGGGCUUUGGCCAAAGGUGCUGUGCUCCUUGACGUGGCGGCCAACUCACUGGCAGCCAUCGCCCACAUCCUCAUCGACCAGAUGAUCUACGAGGGGCAGAUCAAGCCGCAGGACCAUGAGGACAUCCUGAGGACGCUGCUGCUGCAGCACAAACACCCCAACAAGGCCGAGUCGGUCAGGACCCUGCGGCCGGCGCAGCUGCAGCGCUCGGGCACGGGCCAGGCAGAGACGGAGCAGCCGCUGCUGCAGGAGCAGCAGCCCAUGGAGAUGCACGGGCUGGCCAGGGCCGAGCAGAGCCCGAGCGGGGCCACUAGAUCCCAGCUCCUUGCGAAGGUCCCUGAGGAUGCCGAGGCCACGCUGGUCCUCGUGGGCUGUGCAGCCUUCCUGGAGCAGCCGACGCUGGCCUUCGUGCGCCUGAAGGACGCGGUGUCACUGGAUGCCGUCCUUGACGUGCCCCUACCCGUCCGCUUCCUCUUCGUGGUCCUGGGCCCCGACACCCCCCACGUCAGCUACCACGACAUCGGCCGCGCCGUCGCCACCAUGAUGUCCGAGAGGGUCUUUCGUCGGGACGCCUACCUGGCCGAGAGCCGCCAGGACCUGCUGCGGGGGGUGGAGGACUUCCUGGAGGCCAGCAUCGUCGUGCCACCCACCGAGACCCCGGACGAGCAGCUCCUCCGCAGCCUGGUGCCGCUGCAGCACGAGCUGCUCCGCCGCCGCUACCAGCCCCCCGAGAAGGCGCCGGGCAAGAGCUUCCUAGAAGACCUGAGUAUGGCGGGGACCACCCCGGCCCCCCCUGGGAUCCCCUGGCCCAUGGCUGGCGGGACCCCCCCUUUGCACGUAGGGUCCCCCCAUGGCAGCCUGCUUGUGUCCCCAGGGCAGGAGGUGCCGGAGGAGGACGACCCCCUGCGUAGGACGGGGCGACCUUUUGGGGGGCUGGUGCGGGACAUCCGCCGCCGGUACCCCAAAUAUCUCAGCGACAUCAAGGACGCCCUGAACCCCCAGUGCCUGGCCGCCGUCAUCUUCAUCUACUUCGCGGCGCUGUCACCUGCUGUCACCUUUGGAGGCUUGCUGAGUGAGAAGACCAAGGGUAUGAUGGGGGUGUCGGAGCUGCUCAUCUCCACCUGCGUGCAGUGCAUCCUCUUCAGCAUCCUCAGCGCCCAGCCCCUGCUCGUCGUUGGCUUCUCGGGGCCCCUCCUCGUCUUCGAGGAAGCCUUCUACUCGUUCUGCAACCAGUUUGACAUGGAGUACAUCGUGGGCCGGGUCUGGAUCGGCUUCUGGCUGAUCCUGCUGGUGCUGGUGGUGGUGGCCUGCGAGGCCAGCUUCCUGGUGCGCUACCUGUCCCGCUACACCCAGGAGAUCUUCUCCUUCCUCAUCUCCCUCAUCUUCAUCUACGAGACCUUCUCCAAGCUCGUCACGAUCUUCAAAGAUCACCCGCUAAAGCGGCAUUACAACGUGCAGUCCACGGUCCACCCCAAAGUGCCGGAGCCCAACACGGCGUUGCUGUCCCUCGUCCUCAUGGCUGGCACCUUCUUCCUGGCCUUCUUCCUCCGCAAGUUCAAGAACAGCGCUUUCCUGCCUGGCAGGGCCCGGCGUUUGAUCGGGGACUUCGGGGUGCCCAUUUCCAUCUUCAUCAUGGCGCUGAUCGACUUCUUCAUCAAGGACACAUACACGCAGAAACUGAAUGUCCCCAAAGGGCUGGAGGUCACCAACGCGUCUGCCCGGAGCUGGUUUAUCAACCCCAUGGGGAAGAACAACACCUUCCCCAUCUGGAUGAUGUUCGCCUCUGUGGUGCCCGCCCUCCUGGUCUUCAUCCUCAUCUUCCUGGAGACGCAGAUCACCACCCUCAUCGUCAGCAAGCCCGAGAGAAAGCUGGUGAAGGGCUCCGGCUUCCACCUGGACCUGCUGCUGAUCGUGGCCAUGGGGGGGCUGGCCGCCCUCUUCGGCAUGCCCUGGCUCAGCGCCACCACCGUCCGCACCAUCACCCACGCCAACGCCCUCACCGUCAUGAGCAAGACCACCGCUCCCGGCGAGAAGUCCCAGAUCUUGGAGGUCAAGGAACAGCGUGUCAGCGGCUUGUUGGUGGCCGUGCUCAUCGGCGUCUCCAUCCUCUUGGAGCCCAUCCUGAAGUACAUCCCGCUGGCCGUGCUCUUCGGCAUCUUCCUCUACAUGGGCGUCACCUCCCUCUUCGGCAUCCAGCUCUUCGACCGCAUCCUGCUCUUGCUGAUGCCACCCAAAUACCACCCCAGCGAGCCCUACGUCACCCGGGUGAAGACUUGGCGGAUGCACCUCUUCACCUUCACCCAGAUCGUUGUCCUCGUGGUGCUGUGGGCGGUGAAGUCCACCCAGGCCUCACUGGCGCUGCCCUUCAUCCUCAUCCUCACCGUGCCCCUGCGGCGCUUCCUGCUGCCCAAGAUCUUCCGGGACAUCGAGCUCAAAUGCCUGGACGCGGACGACGCCACGGUGACCUUCGAAGAGACGGAGGGCAUGGACGUGUACGACGAGGUGCAGAUGCCCAGCUAAGGGCUCGCUGCCCCGCGCCCCCCCGGCCCCCCCCCCCCCCGCCCCGCUUAUAGCUCCGCUGCUGCCGUCCCAGGGCCGCUGGGCGAUGGAGGACAACUUGGGGACACGGCCCCAGAGCCCCGGUCCCCCACCUCCGCACCCUGUGAACGGAGCAUUUUUAUUUUUUUCCCCUUUUUUCCCCCUUUUUUUCCCCUUUUUUUUACAAUAUUUUGGAUGGCGUGAUCUCGCCCGCACUUUGCUACCCGCUGGGGAAGAGGCUGCCUGGGCUGGGGGGGGGGGACACCCACGGGCCACCCCCCACCCCGUGGCAGGGCGGGAUGGCCCGUGCCCCGUGCCACUGUCCCAUCCCCAAGGCCACCCCGGGGCUGUGACCGGGCGCCGAGCAUGGGAAGGAGCCGGAGGAAGAUGCCCGAGCCUGGAGGGAGGAGGAAGGCAGGGAUGGGGCAACACAACGGGGAUGGAGACGCAGCGGGAUGGGGUCCCCUCCGUUCCCCCCAGCCUCGCUGCCUCCCCCAGGGAGUCCCCCCCUGCCCGGCCCCGCUUCCCCAUAGGAACUUUCAGUGCUAACAAACAUGAGCUGGGACAGAUCCUUCGCCCCACAGAACCCUUUUCCCCCCCCUUUCUGCAUCGUUUGCUUCGGCGAGAGCAUCCCGGCUGCUCCGCUGCGCUCGCGGCCGCUCACAGCAUCUCCCGGGGUCGGGAUGUAAAUAGUCCAGCGAAGGGGGUUUAUAUAUUUGCCAUGAAGAUAAUCAUGCUAAAAGCACCCCCAAAAAAAUUACGCUGACGCUUCCGCAGGUAGGAUUCACUCAGAACCAAACGAAAAUCCCCAAAAAAGGCCAAAAAAGCACCUUAAAAAAAGAAAAAAAAAAAAUUAGGAAAAAAAAAAAGCAGCUGCAAGGAGUGAUCUGUAUAUUUGAUGCUAGCGAUUGGGGGAGUUUGUAAUUUAUUCUAAAGGCUGAUUGUGCUCCUGCCCACGGCGGGGGCCGUGUGCGUGUGUGUGUAUAUACUAGAGAGAAACUAUAUAAAAAUUUACAAUUUUCUAGAAAGGCUUAUUUUAAAGGAUCCUGGUCAGGGCCUAAACUCUACGGACCAGUCCAGCAGCGUCGUUUAACUGAUGAAUUAGUAUUAGUAUCAUUCCUCUUUAUUUUUUUAGCAUUUCAGUUAAAUCCAUGUAGUUUUUUUCUUGAUUUUUCCCUUGAUUGCUGACCACAUCUUGCCCCCUUCCCGCCGGGAUUGCUCCCAAACUGGCCAAGCAUCCCCCUCCUUCUGGUGGGGCCGAUCCUGCCCUGCUCAGAGCCAAGGGCCGGAUCCAGCCAGGGCACAGCGCACCCGAUCAGGCUGCGAAUUUGUUCCUUUUUGCAUAAAUCGGAGCGAGGGGCACCCCAAAAUCAGCGUGGGGGACGGCGGAGGGAGGGCAGCCGUGCCCGGGGCUGCGCUGCCUCCUGUUUAGGUUCGUUUAGUUUUAUUAAUUAUGUGUCCGAAAUAAACAAUGUUGCAAGCUU